AUGGUUACUAUAAUAAAGAAUCAGUUACUGAAACAUCUAUCGAGGUACACAAAAAAUUUAUCACCAGAGCAGAUCUCCCUCUCGGCUCUCCGAGGGUCCGGUGAGCUGCAAGACCUGACCCUAGACGAGGAUCUCUUAACUGAUCUCCUGGAACUGCCUGGCUGGGUUCGGUUGACCUCGGCAAAAUGCAACCGAGCCUCAUUCAGGAUACAAUGGACCAAACUUAAAACAGUUCCUAUUGUCUUGAAUCUAGACGAAGUUCACAUAGCUCUUGAAGUAUGUGCGGAGCCCCGAACGAUGAACCCGAGUGCGGCGGGUGCUAUGCCCAUACCAGGAAAAUAUAGCUACAUACAUAAGGUUAUAGAUGGAAUAUCAGUGGCUGUGAAUCAAGUGCAAAUAGAGUUCAAAUGUGAUGCUUUCACCAGUAGUGUUCAGAUCGCGAGGGUGACGGUGGAAUCUAGGACACCGGAAGGCAGGAAGGGUGACCUAAGACUGACUAGAAUCAAAUCACCUGAUACAGGGCAACUGCUUAUAUUUAAGGAAUUAGAGUGGCAAAACGCUCGUAUAGAGGCAAAAGCUCACGGCGUCGCUGCGGCCAACCUUCCUCCUCUACGGUUGCUUCUGGGGAACACGCAUUGUCGGAUAGUUAUUAAGAAAAGACUGUCAGACUGCGCAGUCCUGGGCUCGCGGCUGGUGCUGCGGCCGGAGCCGCUGGCGUGGGCGCUGACGGACGGCCAGCUGCGCGCCGCGCUCGCCUGCGCCGCCGCGCUGGCCGGGCCCGUCAAGCGCGCCACCGACCACGCCACGCGCACCAAGGCCGCGCACAAGAUCGAAGAGCCCCGUGAACAGAUCCAGAGCCGUUCAGCGUCAGGGGACAAAGACAUAAUCGCUCGCAUGUUCGCUCGUCACGACGUCCGUGAAACUUCCUAUCACCUGCUGGCGCCCCGGAUCGACCUGCAUUUAUGCGACGACCCUGGAUUGGGUAGGUCAGAGAUGCCUCAACUCGCGAACGGGGGAGCGUUGCAAGUGACACUCGUCAGCAUGCAAGCAGACUUGUUUCCCUACCACAAGGCUUCUACUGACAGGCGCCAUUGGAGGGGAUAUAGGGAAGCAGCUACCCCUCACAGUCUUUGGCUGUCACAAGCGUUGAAUACUUUUUGUACCACCCUGCUGGAGCAAUUUGAGACCAGGCCUAUGACACCCAGUGCUAAGAUGAGUCAAAACGGGAAAGUAGAGGAACCUGCGGGAAACACCACUGCUUCCCACACUGCACCCACCACUCCCACUGCAACCCAAGCGUCACCCACCCGAUCGAAAAUACUCCAGCAAUUCGGGAAGCUAAUGACCACCUGCCUCGUUCUCAGGAUAGAUGAUUUCACCGUUUACAAGGUGACGACAGGCUCCAAGUCAAGAGAGGCACCUCGGCCUCUGGUGAGUGCUGAAAAGGCUAAUCUUCCAGGAGACGCGGGUCUUUUACAUGCUGAGCUGACGUUCUUUUACUACCCUGGAGAUGUGUGCUUUCCUGUGCCGCCCCCCAAGCUGUACGUACAACUGAGUCCAGUGCGGGUGUCGGUGGACGUCCCGAGUGUGCUGUGGCUGGCGGCCUUCCUUCCUCAUGUGGCUGAGGCUGCGGCCGACAAUGCGCCCACUGACAGCUCCUCCACCUACAUGGACGUGCGGGCUGAGGCCAUCAUGCCGAGGAUUGUGCUAGAAGCUGGUCCGGAACAUGUAUCUCAACAACGAGACCGACCAAAGGAACUUCACAUAUGUACAGCGAGGGCAACGUUUACCAAUGUACGAGAAUCGCCAAGAACAAAUACACCGGGCACAAGGGCAGACCUAGCGUCAAUAAUAUCAGCUAUAAGGAGGUCAGCGCCGCCUCGGGGACAGUUCCCUUGCUCAUCGGACGACCUCGACCCGCUACAUGAGCAGUUUCUUUUACAUGCUGAUAAUCUGGACGACGUCGAGCGCGGCCCAGUGGUCGGGCCGGAGAGCACGUGGCGCGAGGCUCGCGGAGUGUGGUGCGCGCGCGUGGAGCCGCUGUGGGCGGACUUCUGCGGCGCGCGCGCUGCCGGCGCCCGCCCUACGCCGCUUCUGGACGCCACGCCGCUCACCGCCUGGAUCUGUUUUGAAGAGGGCUUCUCUCGUAUCUGGGUAAUUGGGCGCACCUGUGGGUUGAGUGGGUUGCAAUUGAACCACUACCAGCUUCUGUUUCUACUGCGGCAAUUGGAACGUAUUAGCGAACUGACGGCGUGGCUUGGACACCAGGCUAGCAGAAUGCCUGAAGCUGAUCAAGGGUCAUUAGUAGUUGCUCUAGUCGUACCAGCUGUGGAGGUAACCGUGGUUCUGCCGACAAACUGUCCAGGACAAGAGUCUUCCAGAGAUCUGGAUAGCGUGCCGUUUGAUUCUUCCAGCCUUAAUGAUUUGAAAUUAGGAUCAGAGGCAACAAUGGCUCCGUCGAUGUUGGAUAAAGACAGUGGCGUGCUGGCAACACAGAGUUCUAUUGAAGUGUGUACCGUCCAACCUAUACCUGUGGAGGAGAUACAACCUCCGAGUCCUGGAUUGAAUUUUGGAGGUUUCUCAUCGAUGAGGCGUGGAAUCACUUCUCUGGUGACGUCUAUCGAUAGCGCGCUGACGCGAGAUGACGGACGUAGUGACGCUGCCUCCACCGCUAGCUCAGACAGCGAUCGCUAUGUCGUGGUGGGGCUGGCGGCAGAGACGCCAGACGACGCCGAUGUCGCUUUCAGAGAGUUCGAGCACGGACGCAUGGCUAGCGGUGUAGAGGUGGCGGCCGAGGUGGUGGAGAGAUCCUCAUCUCCCAGCGACCAUUCCAUCACCAGCUCCUGCAAGCGAAGGGACGUGAUAUCAACGUGCACGUUCCGCCUGAACAACAUACAUCUAGUUCAGCAGAGCACGAAUGGUAAAUCGUGCAUGCGUUUCGUCGCUGAUGACCUGAAGACCGACGAGUGCCCUUCGAUACCCUGGGACGAGUUUCAGAGUAAGUUUUCGAUGCGCGCCCGAGCUUGGUCAGGGCCAGAGUUUGAUUGUGACGAACUAAAACCUCGAGAGACUCCAAAAAUAGCAGCUAGGCUUAUGCGGACAGAACUGCCGAGGAUUGGAAGUGAAAUGGACAAGCCAGCAGGUUUGGUACCGUAUGAAGAAAUAUUAGAAGCACGUAUCAGGGACUUGAACAUUGCCCUCAACAUGAACACGGCCCUGGCGCUGUCUGAGUUUAUUGAAGAUGAGGUGGUGCUUCCUCCGAUGCCUUUAGAGGUGUUAAUAGAAAACGUUAAAUUGCGACUAAUCGAAGACAGACCAACGCGUGCCAUAUCAUCCCCUCCACCGCAACCGUUAGACCUGGAUCUCACGAGCUUGCGUCUCAACCGGGAUACCUCAGGUGUUGUCCACUUGGGACCCAUGAUUUCUUCAAGAACAGUCUCCCCCAGCAGUCCACCACCUGAACUGCAAAUGGCGAUGGACGAAAUACAAAAGUUGAACGAAGAAAAUGAAGGAUUAAAGAAAAGAUUGGCCACGUUGAAUAGGAUAGCUGAGGAUAAUCGAGAGCUGAGGGCGAAAGUGGAGGAGGUGAGCGCUCUGCGGCACUGCGCGCACGCAGCACAGCAGGAGGCGGCGCGCCUGCUGGCCGACAAGCACGAGCUGCUGGAGGCCGUGCGCCUGCUGCAGGAGCAACUGUCGGAUCCGUGCCGCGGAAAGAGAUAGCGUUCCCGCGGCGGAUCGCAGGCGUGCCUCGACUGCGCCGCCUGCACCGCCUGCUGCGGACAACGCCUCUAGACCACCUGCGCCACUGAGCUACUGGGGCUUGAAGUUCGCGACCAGACAUGACACAUUGACACGUUCGCUCCCCAAACUUGAAGAUAACUGCAGCAAAUCAGAAAUUUAUACCGUCAUGAUAAUAAUACAAAUAGAAUAUACUAGAUUUUCAUAAUUUGUGUAAUAGGAAUAAAUUGUACAACUUUCUGAAUAUGACAUGAGAAUAAAAGACAUGCAUAUGACAUGAGAAUAGAAGCUAAACCUCUGAUUAAUAUUAUGGUAUUAUGGCGUUUUGAAUAUAUUCAUCGUCUGAUGCAAAUAUUAGGGUAUAAUUAAUGUACUCGUAGCGAACGUACUGAAACUACAACGAGGUUAAAAACCUGAACAGUAAAAACUCGAUGUUGCCAACCUUUAUAAAUUAUCAUCAAAGCUGCCAGAAGUAAAUAAUUAGUAGUUGGAAAUAAAAUUAUAAAAUGGCAUGAAGGGGAUUUUUUACACUUUUUUGCUAGAUAAAAUAUAAGAACAAGCGGCCAAGUGUAAAUUGUAUUUGUACACAAAGGAUUCCGUACGACACUGGAUCCGAGAGUCUUGUUAAACCCUAAAAAUAUUAUGAAACUUAAAAUCAACUUUCAAAUGUGAGUGAAUAUGAGAGUUCAAUAUAAUUUGUUAAAAAAUUCAAGAACUUCCAUAAGAGGUGGACUUUUGCUACCGCGAACUGUCUAUUAAAAUGACUAACCUAUAGUAAUCAAGUAGUGGUAAAUGAAAUCCUUAA